AUGGGAUCGUUAAAUAGCAAAGUUUCACCCUCUGGUGAAAAUACACCGCCAUCGGACCAUGAACCAUAUCUUGAUCCACGUUCACCAACGCUCUACAUCAACAGAAGCCCCAUCACUCAGGAGCAAACUGAUGUUCCUCCCAAUGCAUCGAUCACCAGAGGGAAAGAUCUCACAUCUGUGCUUACGGAACCAUCUGCAUAUGCUCUCCAGACGCCGAACAAUCUACUACCGAAGCGUUUCCAAUCCAUCAUUGAUCCACGUUCACCAAGCACAUUUAACAGGACUCCGCUAGUCAUAGCACCGGAGGACGUUGCAAAUUGCUCCUUGACUAACGUGGUAUCUUCACUAAGCUAUGAAGUGUGCCACAACGCACUGGAAGAGGACAGUAAGGAUGCAUCAUUCAAAGAUUGCGACUCGCAAAUGCCGGAUUUAUGUAAUCUUCAAAUCGAGUACGACGAAACGGCACCGAUUAUUGAAGCAACGACGGACGCUAAAGAAAUAACCAUAUUCGAGGACGCUGAGGUAAUACCCUUCGUAGGUAACGAUCCCCGUUCACCGUCCAUUGCAAUUGCCCGUACGCCUAUGGUGUUGCCGAAGCACGGUAAUGAUGAAGAGGCAACGAAACAACACAAUGAACUACAGGUAGAGAAUCUUCAUGCUCUCGAAGGUGACUUAAAAGCGGAGGUUGCAAAGCAACAACAUACCCCACAGCAGGAUCCGCAGGAAAACCAUAACCGGGGAGAACAAACGCCGAAAAAAGGUAAAUUGACACCGAGGACGGGCAACCGUACGCCGUUGGGAUGUAUGACCAACAUUGGUACGGUAUCGAACAACAUACGCAAAAUGGCUCUCAUCGGACAGACCAAACAGAACAUGAUAACUGAUGAGCAAAAGUUGCUACCCCGCAACGGUAACAUUGGCAGUGCAGAAUUGAAUGCAUCGGCCAAACAGACCAAUCGCUCGCGAAUCCCUAAGCUGAGAAUGUCGUAG